AUGUCCCGCUCCCGGGGUAAAAUUAAAAAGGUCCAAGAGAUGGGCCAUUGUGGAUUUUUACCCGGUGAUAGAGCAUUAGAGCUUAUAACCAGAGUGAAAACCCACUAUGUCCCACUCUCGGAUACUUUGAAUGAACAUCCUACGACCAAUCAAGCGUCGAGAGCUGCAAAUUUGACAUGUUGCUCUCUGAAAUUCCGCCGAAUGGUUGAUCGACAAGAAGUUUCUCCAUUUUCGAUUUCUCCACGAACGAAGGUCCCAUUCUGCACGAUGCAAUAUGAGCGUCUAUUCAACACAUGUCGCGUUCCUGGCGAAGAGGUCGACAGAUUAUUGCAUUGGGACGACGCCAAACACGUUGCGGUCUACUGUCGCGGAGUUUGGUUCAAGGUCAUUGUGCACAAUGGCAAGCGUCUGUUAGAAGCCGCCGAGCUCGAAGCGCAAUAUGAUAAGAUUUUUGCGCAUGAGAUUGAACCGACACAGGCUGAGAAGCAUCUCGCCGCGUUGACGGCUGGGGAUCGCACCGAAUGGGCGAAAACGAGGCGAGCAUAUUUCCGAUCGGGAAUUAAUAAGACGAGCUUGAAUGAUAUCGAACGAGCUGCUUUUGUGGUGAUUCUUGAUGAUGAGGAAGUCUCGUAUGAUCCUGAGAAUCCGUCAAAGCUUGAUCAUUGGGCUCAUAACUUGCUUCAUGGAAAAGCUUAUGAUCGCUGGUUCGACAAAUCGUUCAGUUGGAUUAUCUCGAAGAAUGGGCAUGUUGGAAUCAAUGCCGAACACUCCUGGGGAGACGCGGCCGUCAUGGCUCACUUCACAGAAUGGUCCCUUCUGCAGGAUAUCGUGUUUACUGGAUAUGAUGAGAAUGGAAGAUGCAAGGGAACGGCCACUGAGAUUAUUUCGCCAGAACGAUUGAGAUUUGAUAUUCCGGAGCCGGCACAGGAGCAGAUUCAAAAGUCGCUAACUGUUGCGAACGCGUUGAUCAAUGAUGUCGAAAUGGCGUUGCUCGUUUGGACGGAUUAUGGAAAAGGAUUUGCCAAGAAGCUGAAGGUUUCCCCGGAUGCCUUCCUUCAGAUGACGUUGCAGUACACUUAUUUUAAAAAUCAAAGAAAGUUUUCGCUGACUUAUGAAGCGUCGAUGACCCGCCUGUUCCGUGAAGGAAGAACCGAAACCGUACGAUCGUGCACCAUCGAAUCGUCGGCAUUCGUGAAGGCGAUGUUGGAUGGUAAUCAAUCAGCGGCGGAGCAACUGAGACUUUUGCGCAAGGCAUGUGAUCGCCAUCAAGAAUUGUACAGAGAUGCGAUGUGCGGUCAAGGGGUCGACAGGCAUUUAUUCGCAUUGUAUAUCAUCAAGCGCUAUCUCGAAGAAGAGUCGCCGUUCUUCGAUAAAAUCUUCCCACCGACUUAUCUGCUGUCAACGUCGCAAACCCCUAUGAAUCAGUGUGAAGCAGAUGCGAAGGGAUUGUCGAACGAGGUUCGAUUGAGGCUGAUCACUGCUGGAGGUGGAUUCGGACCAGUCGCUGAUCAUGGUUAUGGUGUUUCGUAUAUUGUUGCUGGAGAGAACACGAUCUCGUUCCAUAUUUCAAGCAAGAGAUCUGCGGAUAAUACAAGUUCGUUCGAGUUCCGAGAGGAGUUGAAAAGAUCAUUGAUUGAUAUGAAGAAGUUAGCAGAAGGAAUCGCCGUGUAA